CAGAACGGUGCACCAGACGUUUAAUUACAUCCGUUAUGCUGUCCUCACAUCUAGCCAAGUGCAUCGUCACACAAACUGCACUGUAUACCCUGACUCGGUCUCUACUGCACCUGAUCACCGCAAAUUCAAACUGACAUAAAAUUUACAAACAUUAUAAUUCCCCACGAUCAGAUGCAUCAUUUCGUUGCGAUUCUAUUUUGGACUGCCCUGCUGGUCAAAGGCCAGCGAUGGUACUCUGCUACCUUUGAAAGUGAACCACAAAACGCACGGUACGAAUCACCAAAAGUAGUGCUCCAGAUCAAUCAUACGAAAUAUAACGACCUGAGAUACUUGCCAUUAACUGCGGUGAAUAUCACACACGAUACAAGAAAAGAUAAAUGGGGUUUCCUGAAGAAAUAUGAUGUGGCCGCCACCGUCUCGCAACCACAGACUUAUAAAAAGGUAUCGAAAUUUAAUCUGACUCGAAACCAUUUCGGAAGUGGACCUAAAUAUCAGUUCCCCAAGAGAACUGAUAAAUUUAGUUUUGACGAUGCCAUCCCGCCGAAGCGUAUGCAAAAUACGUCUGAGAAAUUCGCAACUCCAGUUUUCAAAUUCGACAAAGUAAUACAUAAUAUCAAUGUGAUAAAGAAGACGAAGCCCAAAGGGAAGAUAGUCCGAAGAUGUCCAACAGUGCGGCCACGGAUCAAAAAACAAUUGAAUUCAAAUUCAAACCAAACACUUCAGAAGCGUUUCCUGGAGGUGUUUGAAGUGGUAGAGUUUGACCAUGAUGCGUGUGUAUCGAGUAGUGGUCUGGAGGGGACGUGUCUGCCAGAAUUUGACUGUCAGACUUCUGGGGGGCUCCCGAUGGGCUCUUGCGCCGACGGAUAUGGAACAUGUUGCGUCACACAAUUUUCCUGUGAUGGCCGAUCUGCGGUAUCUUCUGGAUGGUUCGUAAAUCCUGGUUUCCCGUCGCCGUCUACUGAUAGACUGUCGUGUGUUUUUACACUGGACAAAGCCUCUGUAGAUAUAAAACAGAUUCGACUGGACUUCAACAAUUUUGAGCUCCUCCCUCCAAACGCAGGGACUUGCGAGCAAGACCAGUUCGUGGUGUCAGGUCAAAACGUUAAUAAUAUCAUACCCAUACUUUGUGGAGUCAACUCUGGACAACAUGUAUACAUUGAGGUGGGAGACUCAGAAGGGCCUAUAACACUUUCAGUCCAAACUGUUUCAUCAGACAGCAGAUUGUUUUCAAUAAAGGUAACGCAGUUGACUUCAACUGACGAAUUGGCAGCUCCAUCAGGUUGUCUGCAAUAUUUCAAAGGAUCUCUGGGGUACUUGGAGUCUUUCAAUUUCAGAGACAAAUCUGAUAUCGCCAUCGCACGCUCUCCCAGUUAUUUGAAUAAUCUCAAUUACGCGAUAUGCAUAGAGCGGGUAACCGACACGUGCAGUGUCACAUACACCAACACUGGAGAUAUGCAGAUCGUAAACUACGAUAGCGACGGUUUGCCAGUCAUACCACCAGGACAAGCAGGCGUGGAGAUCUUCAACUGCCCGACAGACUGGUUGCUGAUAGCCGCAGUGAGGCUCUGUGGUGAGAGGCUCAACGACGGCUCUGUGCUACAGGACUUCGCAUUAGACGCUCCGGUUACUGAUGUUGGUGUGGGCCCGAUAGUUGUGUGGUUCAAGUCAGACGGAGGGUAUGUCGGCAGAGGCUUCAGGGUACAAUAUCAACAGAAUAAUUGUUAA